GGAUUCACAUGUAGUGACCGGUCUGUUUGCUCGCGGCAGUGAUGUCUUGUCUAUGUGAAAGAUGUUUUACACGAGUAAGAACGGCGCCGAUCCGUCUACAGGAGCUACACACUAGCAGUAGCUAUCUGGGUUUGAGACCUGCACCGGUAGAAUAAUCGCGAAUGAGGAGCUGACAACAUGUAGCUAAAGUUCAGCACAUUGAACACCACGUCUGAUCGUGUUAAAGCGGCGUUUAACCCACGGCUAGCUAUCGGCUCUAUGCGAGUUCCCUCGCGUUGGAGGCGCUCACACGUGUCCCGUGCACGUGUAGCCUGACAGCUGAUUUCGCCCUUACUACGGCGGGCAGACGUGAUUUACUUUCCCUUUUGAAGUGAGCCGACGCGCCGCCGCGCGCACCCAGCGUUCACCGCUCUCCCGGUGCUCCACGGCCGCUUUAGUGGGUCGUGCAGACGCUGGUCCGUACUGGCUCAGAAGCUCCGGGACGGUGACGGUAACGAAGACCAAGCAGAACAGUGGCAUAAUCUCAGCCCUUCAACAUUGCGCUGCUGCUGUUGCUGUUGUGGCGAACUUAACCGGGAUCUCGGAUCGCGAACUUUAAGGAUACUUUGAGGUGCCAGAUGAGUGUGCUGUAGAAGACGUGGGGCUCCUUGUUGGAGUGCUGCACUCAUGUUUUGAACACCGUCUGUAGCCCUCCGGUUGCUCUGGUGUGUGUGUGUGGGUGUGGGUGUGUGUGUGUGUGUGUGUGUGUGUGUGUAGGCUGGCAGCGUGGGGGCUUUUGGCUGUGUUUACAGAGUCUCAGUGUCUUAAAGAUGACCGUGGCCAAUGCACAGUCUGGCUCAGCCAUGCAGCAGGUGCUGGAUAACCUGAAAGACCUGCCAUCAGGAACAGGGGCCAAGGACAUCGACCUCAUUUUCCUGCGGGGCAUCAUGGAGAGCCCCAUUGUUCGCUCCCUUGCUAAGGCCCACGAGCGUCUGGAGGAAGUGGAACUACAAGCCGUGCGGGACAACAACGUUGAGCUGGUCACAGAGAUCCUGGAUUCGCUCAACAGUCUGCCAGAGAAGGAUGCUGCUGCCGCCGAGCUCGCCAGAAUCCUCCAGGAGCCUCACUUCAAGUCUUUGAUAGAGGCUCAUGACAAAGUGGCUGCAAAGUGCUAUGAAACGCCUCACGCUGCCAUGAACAGCAAUGCCUUGUUAACAAGUUCACUCAUGCCGGCUGACGCUGUCAGGGUGAUUGGCAUCCAGAAGAAGGCCGGGGAACCUCUAGGCGUGACGUUCCGUGCGGAGCGGGGGGAGCUGGUGAUAGCCCGGAUCCUGCACGGCAGCUCCAUUGACCGGCAGGGCAUGCUGCACGCGGGCGACGUGAUCCUGGAGGUGGACGGCCGCGAGGUCGGCGCCGACCCCCACCAGCUGCAGGAGCUGCUGAGGGACUGCAGCGGCAGCAUCAUCCUGAAGGUCCUGCCCAGCUACAGGGAGGCGCCGGCACUGGCACAGGUUUAUCUGAAGCCACACUUCAACUACAAACCAGCUGCAGACAACUUGAUUCCAUGUAAAGAGGCAGGCCUGGCCUUCUCCAAGGGGGAAAUCCUUCAUGUGGUCAACAAAGAAGACGCCAAUUGGUGGCAGGCGUGCAAAGUUGUUGGUGGAGCCACUGGGCUCAUCCCCAGUCAGUUCCUGGAGGAGAAGAGGAAAGCUUUUGUGAGAAGAGACUGGGACAUCUCUGGCACGGGGAUGCUCUGCGGAACCCGAAAUGCCAAGAAGAAGAAAAAAAAGAUGAUGUACCUCACUGCUAAGAACGCAGAGUUUGACCGUUAUGAGCUGCAGAUCUAUGAGGAAGUGGCCAAGAUGCCGCCCUUCAGGAGGAAAACGCUUGUUCUGAUUGGAGCCCAGGGAGUUGGAAGACGGAGUCUGAAGAACAGGCUUAUUCUCCUGAAUCCUCUGCAGUAUGGAACCACUGUGCCCUUCACAUCGCGGCGACCCAGAGAAGAGGAGCGAGAUGGCCAGAACUACUGCUUUGUGACCCGAGAGGACAUGGAGAGGGAAAUCAAGGAGGGCCGCUACUUGGAGCACGGAGAAUACGACGGAAACCUGUACGGCACCAAGAUCGACUCCAUCCAUGAAGUGGUGGAUAUGGGUCGUACCUGCAUCCUAGAUGUCAACCCACAGGCCCUAAAAGUGUUGAAGACGGCCGAGUUCAUGCCCUUUGUGGUGUUUAUUGCUGCUCCUGAACUGGACACACUAAGAGCUAUGCACAAAGCUGUGGUAGAUGCUGGAUUAACUACCAAACUACUUACAGAGAAUGAUUUAAAGAAGACUGUAGAUGAAAGUGCGAGGAUCCGCCGGGCGUACAGCCACUACUUCGACCUGACUAUUAUCAAUAACAAUUUGGACAAGGCCUUUGACCAGCUGCAGGAGGCUGUAGAGCAAUUGCUCACAGAGCCGCAGUGGGUUCCAGUCAGCUGGGUCUACUGAUGUAAGGUGAUGGAAGGGUACGCCUGAGGGAAUGGAGGACUGUACAGGCACAGUGUCGG